AAAAAAAUAAAAAAAAAUAAAAAAAAAUGGUCACCAUGUUACAACAACCUUCCAAACCUAUUGCUAUUCCAGGUCAAUUAGACAAUACGAUUUCUUAUAGAGAGAUCAUUAAACAGUUAGCAGCACAACAGACCACAAAACCAUAUGGUGAUAUUCCUCCCAUGUUGAGUAAACGACAUAAAAAGAAACGACCCAAAAGCAGUCGUAAAGAACAACAAGAACCCAUGCGUCGCAUGUCUCAUGUAGAAGACUGGAUAGUGGUAGACAGUAAGGAAUCUUUACCUGAUGAAGAAGAGCUGGUACAGUCUCCAUUAAGGAAUUUUUUAUCUGCAGAUUUCUUCACACAAGUAUUACCACUACAUAUGCCACCACCUUCGUUAAGUGAACGAUUCAAUCUAGAAGAGGAAGAAGGUGAACGAAGAAUGUUACAGACUGUGGAUGAUGAUGAUUUUACUGAGGAAGAAGAGGAAGAGGAAGAGGAAGAUACGAGUAGCACAAAGGAUUUAUUGCGUAGACACUCCGUAUCAUCUUUCAACACAAAAUCAUCCCCUACCUCAUCCACAACUACUGUAUCCUAUUCUAUACCAACAUCCUCUUCACCACCACAAGGUGAUCAUGCCUUAUGGAAAGAAACUCUGGCUAAAUUAAAGCGAACUUUAAUCGUAUCCCCACCUUCAUCCGUAACAACCACUCCCGCUGUCGUCGCAACCACAACAAAACCCGUCGCUCAAAAGACCAAGAAACGUCUCAACAAGUUUAUUCCUAUGCCUAUACCACCUCGUAGACCCAUCUCCCAAAAGAGAAGAUCCGAAGCAACCACUCAACCCCGAUUUAAUCCAGAUACCAAUACAUAUACAAGAGACACUCGUUCCAAUCCAGAUCAUUUACGCAUGAUUUCCGCUGAACUUAACAUGAUGCGAGGCAGGAAACUAUUAAGUCCUUUAAAGCCUAGAGGCUUUUUACCUAGAAGAAAAGAUGCCUUUAUACGUGGCAUACAUCGUAAACCCUCUCCAUUGAUUUUCUCAUAAUAAAAAAAAUAUCCCUUCUUUUUAUAUAUCUUCUAUAAUUCGUCACUACCGCUGCAUUAAAUACGUACAUGACAGUCCACCGAUGAUGUAGACAGAUGAGAAGCCUUACUUGUUGGUCUUGUAUAUCUCUUUUUUAAGUUCAGUGAACUUGAUUUUAAACGCCUGUUAAAUCCUACAUAAUUAAAAGAGAAGAAAAAAAAAUUCGGCUCAGUAGUAGAGCGUCUUUUAAGCUACCAAGUCCUUAGAAACAACCAAAAUCCUGCAGAUUGGAUCAUUGAUACCAUUAUCAAAUAUUUUUGUGUCACAUCCGCGCAUCCGGUGAAACAAUACUUUGAUUUUGUUCGAACGAUUGCAUAAUAUCUCUGUACAUGGCAUAAUAUCUCUAGUAGAAACCU